AGGCCCCUCCUCCGCCAGCAUAACCCGUCAACAGCGACAACCGCCGCCUUCCCAAUCCGGAUGGUCACACUCCCGCUUCCUCCCCAUUCCUUUUCCUCCCACCCCAAUCUUCUACUCCAAUUCCGAUUCCCCUGUCGUCACGACUGCGCUAGAGCCGGUGCCCCCUCCAUCGCUCACUUCCUCCGCUAGGUCCCUGCCUGGGCCGACGGCACGAAGGUGCUUGGCAUGCGCAAGCGCCGCCCGCUUUACAUGCCCCACGACUGUCGCGCCCGCCGAAGCUUACGCUGCCACCUCCUCUCCAGCCUGUCCUCCCGCGUCAUUCUCUCCAUUAUCCCCCCUGCCUGCCGUGCCGGCUCAUCGCGCCCGCCCUCGCACUGCUUCUCGUCUUCAGGAUCGAGGCCUCCUGCUCGGGCGUUGAUGAGGGGAGGAAGGUCUAAGUGAGGGUCAUUGAUGGCGCCGGCGAGCUCGCCGAGAUGGUGAUGUCGGCCAGGGGAAGGGAGGACGAGGCGGGGUUCAAGCGGUCCCUGUUGAAUUACAUUAUGGCGUUUCCCGUGGUUCUCAAGUCAGUUAAUGUGGUAGCUAUCAAGAGGAUUAAUUGCCAAACUUUCCCAUCAAUUAGAUGAUGCUGAUUUGUUAUUUAUUUUGUUCCCUAAGUGACGUCUGCCUUACCCGCAUAUCUUAUGAAUAAGGUGAUCAAGCUUAUGGAUAUGCCGCAAUGGAUCUGCCAAUGCAGUUCUUGAGCAAAGGCGAGGAAGAAUAGGACACUGCUUCUGUGGAAUUUAUAGAAAGUGAUGGAGAAGAAGCAGUGUGUUCUAUGCGAAUUAUCUAAAGAAUGUGGUUGGUAGGUUGGUGUGCUUAUUGAAGAACCGAUACAUGCACUUGGUGGUUUAUGCAAACAUCUUCAGAAUAACAUCCAAGAAGCAAUAGCAAUAGAGAAUUCAGUUAAUGCGGACUUCUUAUCAAGAUGAAGGGCCAUCCUGAUGAAUGGGUGGCCUAAUUCCAAGGAUGAGCAUGGCUGAGGGCAGGAACAAUGUUGGACGAUUCAAAAUUAUUUAGGUCAAUCAUGGCACCAUGCCAAAGAAAUUGCACCAACCAAAGACACAUCGUAGCUGCUAUUGGGCACCCCUUGCAACAAACAAUAAUUGGUAGCUUCUUGAGUUAGCGCUUGGGCAUCGAAAGAUGAAAAGACUGGUCUCUGACCCAGGCUUUAUGUAAAGCUUCACCAGUGGUGCCCUGAGUAGUGGGAGCUACCUUUACCAAAACCUAGUAGUGAGAUAAAGGAAAAGGUCCACUGACUUGAUCAGCACUGCCAUAUAUUACUGUGGAUAAAGGAACAUGUAGCUGCAUUUUGAUCAAUCUGUACACUUCAACAUGCUAACUGGCCUUUAAGACUGGUCUCUCAUACACACACAUCCUUGCAAAGUUUCUAGGCAACAAUUUAAUGCCAAAAACUUGGAUAUGAAUGUUGGACAUGUCAAAGAAUGAUUGGCAUGUAAAAACUCUUACCCUGAGAGAGUGACGCACAAAUUUGUGUGGACAUUGUUAUCCCAUCAAGAACAGCUCCGCAAAUAGUGAUUACAUGAUUGAACUGGGAAACAAAGAUGUUGAUUGACAUUGGAUACGGGAAUUGGAUCUUGAAUAAUGUACAUCUUAAGUGACAGUUGGGGAAGGGGCCAAAUGUAUCCUGUAAAAGUGGCUUUGGAUCUUUGCUAGUUUGCAGAGUGAUGAGAGAUGAAGAUGUGUACAGCGAAAGCCAAAUGCAUUCUGAUGCUGUUGAUGUCAGUGAUAUGAAUUCUUAGAAGGGUAAGGGAUCAAAUGCAGUAUUGCUCUAAUAAAAAGAAACAUUAUGUAACAGGAAAGGAGGCAUUUUUGUGACUUGGAAGAAGUCUUAUCAAAAGAAGUUCAUUGCCCCCUUCUAAGAGUAAAAGGAAAAGAGAAGUUGGAGAAGGGGACGACACGUCCCCAUCAAUGCAUCUUUUACGUAGCAGCCUUUUCCUCACUUUAGGCUUCGGGUGAGACAUGAACAGCUCCGUAUCCACAUGCGCGUGAUGUGAGCAAGAGACCGUAACCUCACAACGAAUCUAUCGUCUAUGAGCACGGCGUUCGCUUGGAUACGGACAGCGAUCGGCACCCUUUCAACAUUGCAUAUCUUCCCUCGCCUUCUUGUUUGACUUCUGAUCCAAUAUUUCCCUCCCCCCCUCUCUUCUCGAUAGCUACUAGACACCAGCUGAAUACACUUAGAUUAGACUGGGAUUAGGUAUGGGUUUUAUGACAUUAGAUGAGGGAGAAUUCAGGAUGGACAUAUGUUUAUUGGGCUAAUUAUGUAUGCUGUAAAAGAACAAUCUUGAUGUAUGAAAUUGGGAUGAUGAAAUUUUGAGGAGUUUGAGCAAUAUUUUGCCUAAUUUUCAUACACGAGAGUUUAGCUAUCUACAUGGGAGGGGGACCAAAUCCUACCUCUCUUCCUCUUCAAUUAGCUAUCCACGCUGCUGCUUUAAUAAGCUGUAAGGUGAGAACUGGACGACGAGAGCUCCAGCAUCAAACUUCUGCACUUUGGGCGCCCGGCAUUGCUCCGUGUCAGUGCAAUCGCACAGUCAUCGGCGUAGUUUUUCCUCCCUUUCGCCGCGGUCUCUCUUCGAGCGAGCAGAGGUGAUAAGCGUAGGGACCGUUCUUGAUAGCAUCGGUGCUAUUCCCGGGAUGGAUUUUUGAUUGAUCAAUGACAAUUCUCUCUGUUUGGGGAUUUGCCGUUCAACCACGGUUUGCUGCUUUUAUUCUCUUCCUUUAGUCGAGAUGAUAUGAGAAGAUCCAGUUGUCUCCAUGAGUCUUUAUUGCUUUGAUUUGCUAUCAUGUGGGUUUCUUCGUUUCAAUGUGUCAUCUAUUUCCUGGGUUUCUUUCUCAUUUAUAUUGCGGCUUAACCACGAGUGAACCUUUCCUCUCGCGUUAUUGGUUCGUCAGCCAUUUGCUGCUGCUCGUUGGUUCUUCUCUCUGCAUAACUUCCUCAGAUCUCGUGUACCUCUUUCUAUGCUUGUCAACAAUGACUGCAAUUAUGAAUUCACAACAGAAACACUACCAUCUGUGAUUUCGUACGAUAUUAGUGGACAGGCUUGUUCUCUUCUUCAUCUUGAUAAUUAUGAACUCUAGGUGGCUAUAAGCUCUAAUCAUGGCUCCUAGGCAAUCUGGUAUUCUAACACACCCCUCAUGGGCCUGAAGGUAACUUCAUGAAUGUCAACAUUUUCCUUUGAUCUAGUUGCUCACACAUUUUCUGCUUCCAGACCAUAGGACAUCAAAUUUUAUUUUAUUCUGCAUUGUAAAAUUAUUUUAUUUCAUGAACUGGAUUAAAUUGUAAUGUGGUGAACAUGAUUUAUCAAACAAAGAAUAGAUGCCAAGCAUAAAACAUAUUCAUCCUUUUGACAUUCUAUUAAGCACUUUAUUUUUCUGUACUUUUAUUUUCAUACUAUCACUUCCUCAUAUCUGUGCACAUAUGAGUUUAUUAAUAGUAAAAUCCUACCAAAAUUAUCACAUAGAUUAUGUUUUUCUUACAAUUCAAAGCAAUUUGCCUCAACCUGACUUUUUUCCAAUCGACCAUUGCAUCUUCAUUUGUAUCCUUGUUAUGGUAUUUAUCUCUCUGAAGUCACUUUUCUAGACUCAUUGAUGAGGUUUUUUCUUAGGAACCUGAAUAUCUUUUAUUUAUGAUAUAGGAGGCAAUUCAUAGUACAGUUUGAAGCCAUGUCUUGACACUUGAGUUUAGGGAUUGAAAGGAGAUUGGAAGAAACAAAUAUAAAUACCUGUGCCAUGGACUCGUAAGAAUGUAAAAUUCCUUUUCAUCGCAGAGAAAAAUUGAACACCAAAAUAUCAGGCGGGAAAUGCCUUUUCCUGUCUUCAUUGUGGUUAACAGAUUAUUUAGUUGUGCAUGCCUUUUUGUAUCUGAGUUAGCUUUUAUUGACAGUCAGAUGUUGCUAGACACGUUAGCAUGACAUGAUGACGCCAAUACAUGUAAUGAUAAAUGUUUUUUUACAACUUAUGCAAUGUCUAAAACCCAAUCAAUAUUAGGUGAUUUUCAAGUCUGCUUUACCCAUAUUAUAGUGUUGCAUUUUUCUUCCUUAAGGUCCUUAGUGCACAAUUCUAAAGGUUUAGAAUGCUUCUUGACAUGCUUGAGACUAAUUAUGCAAGGAUUUUGGUAGUGGCUGCCAUGUCUUUGAUGCAAGGAGCAAUGUCCUUGUAGCCUCCCUGUAGUUCAAGCUGGAUGGGAUGCCUGAUUGGCACUAGCUAGCAUGAUGCGGCACAACCAGCAUGCAUCAUGCUCCACGGUGAUCCUGGAUCAAAUGUAUAGCUCAUGCUUAUAUUUGAUUUCCAUGUGCCCUUCCUGCGGCAAACAAAAGAAACUCUCAGCCAUUUCAUGUUUAUUUUCCUUUUCAAGUUUGCAGUCAAAAUCAUAAUAAGCCAGCUAAUGACUGAUAUAAGUUUGUGGACUUUGGUGUUUCUUAUUAUUUGAUUGAAUUGUUUAUCAUAGAAUGAUCUUUGCAUGAGAAACUGCACAUAUUGGUUCUCUAUUAGAGCAUUUUGGCAUACUAAUGCUGCAUAAUCCUCGUAAUUUUAUGACUUCUCUCGAAAAAAAUAUGGUCGUAACAUGAUGGAUAAGCAUAUCUUUUUAAUUUUCUCAUUUCAGUUUGCUUGUUAUUAUCACUUUAUUGCUGGCAUCAUGUCGCUUGAAUAUCAAGCAUCUACUAGCAUAUCCAGUGAAACACAUUUUUAUUCAGUACUGUUAAAUGUUAAUCUACUUUGGAAACUAAUGUCCAUGUGAUUGCUACAACAUGUAAAUGUAAUUGCCUAGUUUUAUGUAAUUCUUUUAAUCAUCAGAAUUCAGCAGGUUUUUUUUUCUAUAUUCAUGGGGCAACAUGUACUUUUGGAUCUGAAAACUCUUUUAAAGAAAGAACAAGGGCCAAGGCCUAAAAAUGUCCGUACAUCUGUUUUGAGCAGUACAAAUCCAGAUGAGAUUGUAAUUUGAAAAUUGACAACAGAUGCUGCAGCCCGGGAAGCUUGGUUGGUGACUCAAGAAAACUGAGCUGCAGUUAUUCUUCAGGUCUGUAUUGUGGAAACAUGCCUUCUGAAACUUAUGAAGAUACUAGAGACAGUGACAUGCUAAAGAGAGGUUCCAUGUAUCUGAGCUCAAAAGACGUAUGGAGAAUGAGAGAAGUAAGAGAAGGAAGGAUCAAACAGGAAUCAGCCUGCGGUGAUGAUGCUUUUAUUUCAUUUGAAAUUGCCAAUUCCUUGCCUCAGUUUUGCUCCAAGGAAGUUGUUUUAUCUUCUCAACAUAGAUAUUCACUUGCUGCUUCUUUAAAUGGUGAGUCAAAGCUGUUAACUACUGACACCAGACACUCGAUUACGAUAAGAUCCAUAGAUUUUCUGGAUCUUUCCUUGCACGGUCUCACUGACAAACAUUCAAGUGAGAAUAUCUCAUGCUCUGAUUUGGUCUCAUUAGAAAGGUCAGUAGAUGAUCUCUUGGGGAUCUGCUUGCAUACUGAUGGUAUGGAGUCUCAUACAAAAGCAGCUCCAGUAUUGUUUGAGGCAGGAUAUCUCGAGGAACAAGUGUCUGAGUGCAACAGCCAUCCAUCAAGUUUCCCGCCCAAGUCCAUGGCAAAGGCAGGCAAGUCGAAAGCACCUUUUCAGUCACAAUAUAGUUAUUGUAAUGGCAGUCCAAAAACUAAGUUUAAUGCACUUAAGAGGUUGUUUGAUCCAGUCAUGAAAUCCAAAUCUCUGCACAAUUCGUGGAGUGUAGAAUCAGAGAACACUUCAUGCACAGAUAUGGAUCCUGCAAAAAUCAGGAACAAUGGAGUUUUGGACAAAUCUAUAGCCAAUGACUACUCAAAAGUAAUGCGAGAGGUGGAGUCUGAUGCAGAGCUGAGAGGAGAGAAAGUAUUGACUUCUUUUUCACUGCCUUCUCACUUACAUGGAAUUCUUAAACUGGAAACUAAUAGUGGCAAUCCAUCAUUUGAAUUCCAUGUAAAAGAUCCAGAAGUUGUUCUUUCAGCAAUGGCGUGGAGAACAGAUAAUAUGUUUAAUUGGGUUUACACGAUCCAUAGCUCUAAAAAGAGGAACUAUAACACAUGGAGUAGGAAAAUAGACAAGCAUGGGCAAUCACCACCUAUAGUUGGCCAGAUGCAGGUUUCAUGUUGUCUUUGCUCAGAAAUGAGAGAAAAUGGGCCUGCAGCAAACUCUUCUGUCACAGAAUUUAUUUUAUAUGACAUUGUGCAGGCAAAAAGGAGUUUUUCUGUUGAAGAAAGUUCUGAGUGUUCCUUAGAUGCCACUUGUCCUCUUCAAAGAAAUGUCAUGGACAAGUUAGUCACAGAGGAAACCUUCAUGCCAAACAAUUUAAUGAAAUGUCAACAUCCUAUCAGGUAUACUCUUAGUCGUUAUGAGUCAGACGACUCCACUCCGAACCCAUGGUUGCCAGCAGACCUGCGUCCAGAACUUGAGAUUGCAGCUAUUGUGAUUCAAACUCCUUUUACAAAGAAAGAGUGUUCAGAAGAAAUGAAGGAGGUCGGCCCGGAAGGAAUAUGCAACGGCCUGAAUUCUGCAAUUGUGAAUGUCAUUACUCCAAGCGGGAGGCAUGGUUUGCCAAAUGUUGAUGCAGGAUGCCCAUCAACAUUACUAGAUAGAUGGAGGUUUGGUGGAGGGUGUGACUGUGGUGGGUGGGACAUGGGCUGUCCCCUUGAAGUAUUUCACAAUACCUAUGCUGAUGAUUGGGUGUAUAAUUCAUCGAUGGACACUCAAAAGUCCAUUUUUCUCUUUGGUCAGGGAAGUAAAGAAAAGGCGCCUGCACUCUCGAUAACGGCUGAUGGACGACAGUAUUUAGUUGAUUUCCAUGCAAAAUUUUCAUCUCUACAGGCGUUCUCCAUCUGUAUUGCUAUCUUGCAUAGUUCUGAAGCUUCUGCAGCUGUUAGUCAGGAGAACAGGCAAACAUUGCAAUCUAAUUCAUUGAAAAUUCUCUUUGAGGAGGAAGUUAGGCAUUUGAUCGGGGGAAUCACAGUUGAAGAGAAAAGAAAAGUUAAAAAUGGAGUAGAACAGGUACCUCCAUCGUUCUUCGUAGGUUCAUCCUUUUCUCCAGUGACAAAAUAUUUGCAUCAAUCCUUGCCAGAAUUGACAUUCUGGAAUCUGCUAGAAGAUCAAGAGUGUUAUUAUCUGCAAUGAGCAUAAUCCAGUAAGAGUAGAUCAGUUGCAAGUUUUGCAUGAUGACAAAAUUUGGCAUUAUACCCAACGUAAGUCCUUGUUAAUCACGUCGUAUACCUUGUUCAUGUGCAUAGUUACAAUAUAUCCUUUGUUCAUAAGAAAGAGGUACAGCCUUUGUUAAUAGUUAGAUCUGUUGAAAUUACACACUUUUAUGAUGUUGAAUAACUUUCAUGACAACCUGAUGUUAGUUCCACAAAAAUUAAGU